AUGUCGAGGGCUAUAUUUAUUGUUAUUUUUGCAUUAACUUGUCUCACUUUCCUGACAGAAGCUGUACCAAAAACGCCAGACAGCAGUUCAAAUAUUCAAUCAUUAACUAUUACGAAUUGCAAUGUGCCACCAUGCCCCCUAAAGAAGGGAAAUAUCGUAUCGGUUGAAGAGGUAUUUUCAGUCAACAAAGAUAUCUCAAAAUUAAAGACUAAGGUUUCUGCGAAUGUCCUUGGUUUAAACCUUCCAUUUAUCGGUGUCGAUGACUAUGACGCUUGCCCGAACAUAUAUAACAUGGAUGAUACCAAAUCUGGAUGUCCUUUAAGCGCGGGCGGUAUCUACAAAUACAAAAAUUCAUUCAAGAUUCAAGGAUUCUAUCCUAAUAUAAAAACAACCGUCUAUUGGAAAUUAGUUGAAGAGCUUAACCAGAGAAAGAGUAAUGUCAUUACUUGCUUCCAAGUGGAUGCACAAAUAAAAAGAUAA